UUUGUAAAAAAAUAAACAAUUUCGUUUCAUAUUUGAAAUUCAGGAAUUUUGCUGUUUUGCUGCAAGGUCUCAGAAAUUUGAAAAAAAAAAAAUAAAAGGUUUAUUUGUUCGUGAACAGUUAUUAACUUUGCCAAAAACCGCUCCUUCAUACUCUUGCAACUUGCCAGUACCAAAGCCUGGAAGAAUCUUCACGUACAUAAGGUGUGUUAGUUAAACGGAGCAUAUGGAUACUAAGUUUGGGAAGAUACCAACCCUAACCGAAAGUGAUGUAAACAAGAUUGGAUGUAAACAAAACACAACGGUAUACAGAAGAAACGAAAACGGAGAGAGCGUGCGAGAGCAAAUCUAAAGAGCGCAGGCAAAAUAAAGGCAAAAAACAAAAAGCGGUACAAGGAUAAUGAUGACGAUGUGCCAGACUGUCAAAUCAAAUGAGCAUUUUUACUCACAAACGGCUGUUGGACAUACGAGCGUGCGGAACGUGUUUUAACGCAAAGCAAUUUCAAAGUGGCGGUGUGGCAGACAACAUAAAAUAGGCAAAAUUAGUGAAAUAUCUAAGUGUGUGCGCACAGGCAAAAAUAUACCGUGAAAAUAUGUAUCACUUAAGGCGAAUCAAAUGGAUGUUAUGCUAAAGUUAGCAACAAAUUUCAUUAAAGUGCUCUAAAGUAACGGAAAAGCAAAACGCAAAUUAUAUAAACACACUUCGUCGAAUUUUUAGCUAGAUAUACGCAUAAUAAAAUUUAUUAAAAAAUUGGAAUACAUAUAUAUAUGGAAAUGUAUAUGUGAUUAUAGUGCAAGCAGUUCACAUUUAAGUAUAAUUUAUGCGCAUGUAUCUCUGAUGUGUGCGAUUUGCAUAAACCUGUGUAUACUGUACAUGUGCGAGUAUAAUGAGACACGCUAGGCGUAUGAGUAACCCAAAAUUCCAACUGAAUCAGGCGACGAAGUAAUACCACACACUUGAAAAAAGUGAGAUUUUAAUGAAGCAGUGGAAAAUUUAAACUGCAAAGUGAUUUGCAGUGCGUUUUGACAUACUCACACACAUUUUGCAACAACACACAAAGCAAACAAAGUACUUAUAGUAUUUAAAGAAGAAGAGAAGAAGCGCACGCAAAUACAAUUCAUUUUGACAUACAACACACACACACCCUCACAUAUAUACAGCAGAGAAAAGUUCAAAUUGCUUAAAUUGGUGAAUAAUAUAGUUAUAUGCCCAUUGAGUGCCUUAUAUCCUUUGAUAAUAAUCCUCAAGGUGUUUACUAUGCUGGGCAGGAACUUUCCGGCAUUGUUGACCUCAGCGUCGACGCAACAAAGCGCAUUAAAGCAAUACACAUCACAGUUAGCGGCUAUGCGAAGAUACGCUGGAUAAAAAAGGGUUAUCCGCGCGAUAGCGAGCGUGCGAUGUGCCGCGCUUACCGCUCAUAUCUAUCGUCGCGUUCGUAUGUGCUCGGAUCGUGUGCGAGCAGUUCGUGCAUGGACUGGUCGGCCGGCGAUUACUCGUAUACGUUUCACGUAAUACUGCCAGAUAAUCUGCCCACUUCAUUCGACGGCAAAUAUGGGCAGAUACAUUAUGAGAUUAUCACCACAAUCGAUCGGCCAGCCCGAUAUCCUAAAGUCUUCAAGUUGCCAUUUACGGUAAUACAGCCGUUAGAUUUGAAUUUGGACACGAUUUACAGGGUCCCUCUCGAAAUCCUCGAUCGCAAACGAUUCUGGAGCUUUUGCUGUCCCACAGGACCGUUGACUGUGAAAUUCUCCACACCCUAUUGCGGCUACGCACCCGGCCAAAAAAUUCAUUUCGUCCUUUACAUUAACAACGAAUCGUCCAUUGAUAUCACGGACUGUGAGGUCAAACUGAAGCAAGAAGUCAGCUACGAAUCGCAUGAUCCACAGCAUGAAUAUCGUUAUGAUAAACACCUCAUCGCACGCAAACAAUUCGGUAAUGUUUUGCGUUGGAGUCGUAAAGUUUAUCGUGGAUAUCUCAGUUUACCCUCCAUACCGCCGUCAUCGUUGAAAGUUGUAUGCCCCAUUAAUAUCACUUAUCUAAUCAAGAUUAUAAUUAAGCCAACGGAUUUCCAUUGGAAGAUGAAACUAAAAAUACCGUUAACCAUUGGGAGCAUACCGAUUAUAGAUAGCAUGGCAGCAGUGGCUGGCUUGCCAACUUUACUAGGAACCCAGUAUGCCGUUAGACGUGGCUAUUACAGCGGACGUAGACUGUUUGGGCAAAGUGCAAAUGAGAGCGCGGAGCAGUCAACAGUUGUUGGUGGUGAAGAGGCUGCUGGUGAAGCACCGCAAGAGAGUAAUGAUGCUGAAGCUGCGUCGAAUGUUGGCCGAAGCGAUAUACCCACGCUGGUUAUAACCGAUGGUGACAAUCCGCCCGAUUACAAACUCAUGAUGCCGCCUUCGUAUGAAGAUGCCAUGGCGUUAAGUGAUAAAUUCUGUGAUGACAGCGAAUAUUUGCAAAAUGUCAGCUUAAGUAGUAUUGUUUCCAAUGAAACGACCGAGUCGUUCAAGCCACGCUAUCCCGUCUACUAUGAGUACGAGACGCCAAUCAUACCGCCCGAAACACUCUACGAUGAGUCGCCCUCGCAACUGCGUAUCGAGUUACAGUCUUCGGAUUCGACCGACUCACCACAUCAACCGCUUAGUGCCGCCAGUUUCAAUGCAUUUCGUAAGGAGAAGAAAUAAUGUAAAUACUUAUUUGAUAUAAAUAAUAAUAAACUUUAUAAGCUUAACUAAUGGAAUUAAAAUCAUGUAACAUGCCUGCAGUGAAAUUAAUUACUAGUUCUUAGCCAUCUGAUAAAUACGACUGAACCUAUUAUUCGACCAUUUUGUGUUAACAAUAUUUUUUACUCCACGUGAUCUUGAAAUAUAAUUUAAUUGGAUAACAAUAUAAUUUAUUGAA